AUGUCUUUUAAAUAUGUUAUAGAACAUAUGGAAGAUAAUUUGCAUGAAUGGUGUAUUUUAGAGUAUUGUCAUAUAUCAACCUUCAUUCCUACUUCAAAUCUUUAUUUCACAAAUCUAUCAAAAGCUGCUGAAUCGACACUUUUAGAUAUUAAAACUCUUCAAGGAGCAAAUUUCUUUACAGACCAUAUCAUUGAUUUGAAUUUGAAAAAAGAUAAAAUUUGUCUUUUAGAUCCAUCUGCAAAAGACAUUUUGAAACCUGAGGACGGAAAUUAUUUUGAGUAUUUUUUAUUUGGUGGAAUUUUGGGCGAUGAUCCUCCGAGAGAUAGGACAUGUGAGUUGAGAAAGCACGGGUUUAAAACAAGGAGUCUGGGGGAUUUGCAAAUGACAACUGAUACUGCCAUAAAUGUUACAAAAAGGGUUAUAGAAGACAAAGUCGCCAUUGACCAGAUUCCUUAUAUCGAUUUUCCUGAGAUAAAACUUAGUACAAAAGAAUCAGUGGUCAUGCCAUUUCGAUACAUUGCUCUUUCACAUCCUAAUAAGUCAACUUUACAAACAACAACAGACGAACUAAAGCUAAACCUCGUACCAUUAUUACCCGAAGGAAUGAUUGAAUUGUUAAAAAAAGAUGGUGAUAUGGCGUUUGAAUUUUAA